AUGCACCCUCCGUCUCGACAGGAUUAUGUGGCUGUGACACUCGGCCAGAGGAGCAGCUCGUACAACAAUGGGAAACAGUGGAGGAGGCAGUCCUGCUGGAGGAAAUGGAAGCAGCUGUCCAGGCUUCAGCGCAGCCUGAUCCUCUUCACCCUGGUUCUGUUGCUGAUCGGUGGGUUCGCCUCAUACCCCAGCCUCACGGAGCACAUGAUUGGUGCUGAGGAGCAGACAGAUGUAGUUCACCCACUUGUUCCUCACGUUCUGCCCGAGCCGGUGAAACUGGGCCAACUCCCCCCACUGCCCCGGCCAGAGAAGCCCCCCAAGAAAAAACUAUCCAACAAAAGAGGACCACCUUUACUCCACAAUGUCCUGCAAAGGAACGCAAAUGCCUCAAACACAGUGGAAGAGCACGGGGUCCGUAAGAAGGAGGCCAGCGACAAAAUCAUCAGUUGGCGUGGAGCUGUGAUUGACACUGAGCAGGGAACAGAAGGCCCCAAAGACGACAGCAUGGCCAACCAGGCAGAGAAGCCCGUCAAAGAGUCGGAUCAUUCCUUUCACAAUAUGACAGAAGCGGAUUGGUUGGAGGCGGUGAGGGACUCCUUCAGACACGCUUGGCAGGGGUACAAGGACUUCGCCUGGGGCCACGACGAGCUGCGGCCCAUCUCCAAAUCCUACAGCGAGUGGUUUGGCCUGGGGCUCACCCUCAUCGACGCCCUGGACACCAUGUGGAUCAUGGGCCUCAAAACGGAAUUUGAAGAAGCGAAAGCCUGGGUGGCCACAGAGCUCUCCUUUAACAAGAACGUGGACGUGAACUUGUUUGAAAGCACCAUCCGGAUCCUGGGAGGCCUGCUCAGCACGUACCACCUGACCGGAGACGCGCUGUUCCUGGAGAAAGCCAAAGACAUGGGCUCUCGCCUGAUGCCCGCCUUCAAAACCCCGUCCAAGAUUCCGUACUCAGACGUGAACAUCGGGAAGGGCACGGCUCACCCUCCGCGAUGGACGUCCGACAGCACCGUGGCGGAGGUCACCAGUAUCCAGCUGGAGUUCAGGGAGCUGAGCCGCCUGAGCCAGGACCCGCAGUAUGAGGCGGCCGUGGCGGAGGUGAUGAACAGGGUGCACUCUCUGGACGGGAAGCUGGACGGUCUGGUCCCCAUGUUCAUCAACACCAACAGUGGCCAGUUCACUCACCAGGGCAUCUUCACGCUCGGGGCCCGCGCCGACAGCUACUACGAAUACCUCCUGAAGCAGUGGCUCCAGGGCGGCAAGAAGGAGACUCAGUUUGUGGAGGACUAUCUUUCGGCUGUGGAGGGCAUUAAAAAACACCUGGUGCAGAAGACCUCCCCAAACGGACUCACGUUUGUGGGGGAGCUGUCACACGGCCAGUUCAGCCCCAAAAUGGACCACCUGGUCUGCUUCCUGCCCGGGACGCUGGCUCUGGGGGCGCACCACGGCCUCCCCGAGGACCACAUGGAGCUGGCCAAACAGCUGAUGGAGACCUGUUACCAAAUGUAUCACCAAAUGGAGACCGGUCUGAGUCCAGAGAUCGUCCACUUCAACAUGCACCAGGGCAGUGUGCGCGACAUCGAGGUCAAGCUAGCAGACAGACACAACCUGUUGCGUCCGGAGACCGUGGAGAGUCUCUUCUACCUGUACAGGUUCACCAAGGAGCACAAGUAUCGCCAGUGGGGCUGGGAAAUACUGCACAACUUCAACAAGUACACAAAGGUCUCCUCCGGCGGCUACACUUCGGUCAACAACGUGCGAGACCCCGACUACCCGAGCCCGCGGGACAAGAUGGAGAGCUUCUUUCUGGGAGAGACGCUGAAAUACUUCUAUCUGCUUUUCUCUGACGACUUCAGCCUCAUCGACCUGGACCAGUACGUCUUCAACACCGAGGCCCACCCUCUGCCCAUAUGGCCUUCCACUGCGGCCGCGACCGCGACUGCGACAUGA